CAGACGGCGUGCGGCGCUGCAGCGAGCUCCUCGCAGACACCGACGGCGGCGGCGGCGGCGGCUGCGUCCGACGAAAGCUUCUGCAUCGUGGUGUCGGUGGACCCACUGGAUGACAGCUUCCAGUCGGAGCCGGAGUUCAACUCCAGAACGACGUCGGACGAGGACGAGGACGAAGACUGCACCGUGGUCGACAACCGCAGCCUGAUGGAGCUGUUCAGGAUGUGUCAGACCUGCGGGCAGCCCAUCCACGAGAAGGAGGCGUUCCACUCGGGCGCUCAGAUGAGGGUCAGGUGGAGCUGCCGCGGCGGACACUCGGGCACGUGGAAGUCCUCGCCGCACCUGAGAGACGUGCUCCCGUAAAAUCCACCUGCAGAAGAAGAGUGGAGCUCACGAGGAGACGGACGUAUGAUCGCAGAGCGGAGAGGAUUCAAACCUUCGUGCUGGAGGACGAGGCUGUGGAGCGGCGGUUCAACAUGUGGUACACCAGAGACACAGACCAGAUCCAGGUCCACCAGAGUCCACAGUGGUCUCAGGUCUCAUCCGUUGGCAGAGACGUACAGUGAACACAGUGAACACUUUAACUCUACAGAAGAUGGAUUCUACUCGAUGUGAACUGUUACUGAUGGCGAGUGGCCAAAUCAAUCAGUGAGCGAGUGCCGUCCUGUAGCGAGAAGAAGAAGUGUGAGGGACGGUAGUGUAGUCAGUCAUCAGGUGUGUGAGUGCAGUCAGUGAAAGGCCGUGAAGCGUUGGCGCCGUGUCAUUGUGCUCGGCUCAUUGGCGUUACAGCCGACUCUGCAGGUUUCAGUGUGUA